AUGAGUCAUCCAGUGUUUACUAAAGUAAAACCAAAUCCUUUUGAAGAUGACGAAGUUACAGUGUCAAUUGAAGAUAGUGCAUACGCCGAUCCUCAAUCAUGUGAACUAUUUUGCGAUAAAGAAUCGAUUAGAAAGAAAAAAGACUUAACAGGGAUACCAGGGAGAAGCCUUGUUAUUGAAGCAAUGCUACAAACGCCAAUGUUGCAACUACAUCAAUCAGAUCCUGAUAUUCUUUCAAUAUUGCAAGACCGUUACGAUCUUCCCAAAGGAUUUAAAGGACCUCUUGUCGAAUACGACUUUAUCGUAGUUGGUGCAGGGUCCGCAGGGAGCGUGCUAGCAUCACGACUUAGUGAAGGACGUAAAGCUUCGGUUCUUCUCUUGGAGGCUGGUAAAGGAGAAUCGCUGUUUACCGGAAUACCGGCGCUUGCUCCUCUCUUCCAACAAACCGAUUAUGUAUGGCCUUAUUUGAUGGAACACCAACCAGGCGUUUGCAUGGGUAUGAAAAAUGAAAGGUGUCAUUGGCCAAGGGGUAAGGCGGUCGGUGGCACUAGUGUAGUCAACUACAUGAUCUACAGUCGAGGAUUACCCGAAGACUGGGACAGGAUUGCUGCAGCCGGCAAUUAUGGCUGGUCGUAUAAAGAGAUAUUGCCCUUCUAUAUUAAAUCGGAACGAGCAAAUCUCAAAGGUCUAUCCGACGCCCCCUGGCAUGGAAGAGACGGCGAACUUACGGUAGAGGACGUUCCCUUUAGGUCUAAGCUAUCAAAAGCACUCUUAGACGCAGCGAAAUUAUUAGGACACAGAAAAGUCGACUACAACAGCCCCGAUGGAUUUGGAUUUAACUAUAUUCAGGCUACAAUAAACCAUGGAGUUCGGAUGAGCAGCGCGAAAGCUUUCCUUCAUAAACACAAGAACCGACAAAACCUGCACAUUCUACCGAAGAGUAGGGUCACAAAAAUCUUAAUAAAUCCUACUACAAAGACUGCAUACGGAGUAGAAUUUCACAAAGAUGGACGCUUGUAUCAAAUAAAAGCUAAAAAAGAAGUCAUCCUAUCAGCAGGUCCAAUAGAAUCGCCCCAUUUAUUAAUGCUAUCGGGCGUGGGACCCAAAAGCCAUUUAGAAUCUUUAGGCAUACCGGUAAUACAUAAUUUAAAGGUGGGAAAAACCUUAUAUGAUCACAUAUCCUUUCCCGGUCUAGCAUUCACUUUGAACUCUACCAGAUUGACUAUCACUGAGAAAAAUAUAGCAACCAUCCAGAACGCACUAUCAUUAAUGCAAUUCGGCGACGGUCCGAUAACGUCACUCGCUGGUGUAGAAACUCUGGGUUAUAUAAAAACAAAUAUCUCUGAAGAAGUUGGCGACUACCCUGACAUUGAAAUUAUAGGAGCUUGCGCCUCCAUCGCAACUGAUAAUGGAAAGUUCGUUGCAAAGGGACUGCAACUGACAGAUUGGCUUUACAAUGAUGUUUAUAAAUCCAUUGAAAAAUACGAAAGCUUCACAGUCAUCCCGAUGUUAUUACAUCCAAAGUCAAGAGGUUAUUUGAAACUAAAGUCAAAGAAUCCGUUUGAGCAACCAGCUUUGUAUGGUAACUAUUUACAGCAUCCAAAGGACACAGCUACAUUAGUAGCUUCCAUAAGGUAUAUACAAAAACUGAUAGAUACGCCUCCUUUUCAAAAAUACGGGGCUAAAUUAUCGACAAAAAAGUUUCCAAAUUGUGAGCAACCUGUGUUUGAUAGUGAUGCUUACUGGGAGUGCGCGAUACGGACAAUGACGGCGACGCUACAUCAUCAAAUAUCAACAUGCAAAAUGGGACCGGCAUCAGAUCAACGUGCAGUGGUGGACCCGGAACUGAAGGUAUACGGGAUUAAAAACCUCCGAGUCAUCGAUAGUAGUGUAAUACCAAAAACAACUGCGGCGCACACAAACGCUCCGGCCAUCAUGAUUGGUGAAAAAGGUGCAUAUAUGAUAAAAAGUACAUGGGGUUUGAAUUAA